UCUGACCCCACACUUUCCUCCACACUUGGGCUGUGCCUCCCGCACGCAGCUGCUCCCUUGGGUCAGGACUGGAGAACCUAACGAGACUCAGCCAGCUUAGAAAAUGAGAGGCUGGAAAAGCCCCAGAGUUCUGCUUCUGAGGCUGCAGCACUCGGGACUAUGAGGUUCAGGAGCAUUUUUGUUUCAUGCCGCAAGUGGAAAAGAUCUGAGCACGGGGCAGCGAGCCCUUCGCACGCUGCCUGGUCAUGUUGCUGUAAAUAGCCCACCAGCCCCGGCGGGCAGCGUGGCUGCUUCCAGGUGCGCGGUGGUAUAAAAACCUCUGGAGCGGGCAUCGGCCUGCGGGAGCCUCCCGGCGCCUUGCACCACAACAGUUCCACAAUCUUUGCACAGCAGCUGCCAUUUCCCUACACAAUGCAAAGAGCAACAGACUGCCAAGCAGUGGAAGGAGAAGCCUGUGAAGAGCUGUGUGACUCUGAGAACUGCACUUGCAGCUCCAACUGCUCAUCAACAGCAGAAUCCAACUCCGAUUCACCAGUAAUUCUUAAAAUAUUGCAGAACUGGGCUCCUACAGUUUCCCACUACUUUGACAAAGAGCAUUAUACUUAUGCAGGCCAGCACAUUGUCAUCCAGGAAUCUAUAGAACACUUUGGAGCAGUGGUAUGGCCCGGGGCACUGGCUUUGUCUCAGUAUCUGGAAUCAAAUCAAGAACGAUUCAACCUCAAAGACAAGAAAGUUUUGGAAAUUGGUGCUGGAACAGGCUUGGUUUCCAUCGUGGCUUCCAUCUUAGGAGCUUAUGUUACAGCUACUGAUUUGCCUGAAGUUCUUGAAAAUCUCUCGUUUAAUAUUUCAAGAAAUACACACAACAUGAAUACGCACAAACCUGAAGUGAGAAAACUGGUGUGGGGAGAGGACCUCAAUGAAGACUUCCCUUUAUCAACUUACCAUUAUGAUUUUAUACUGGCAAGUGAUGUUGUAUACCAUCAUACUGCUCUGGAUGCCCUGCUAGCAACAAUGGUACACUUCUGCCAGCCAGGGACAGUAUUAUUAUGGGCAAAUAAAUUCAGAUUCAGUACAGACUAUGAAUUUUUGGAACAACUUUGCAAUAUAUUUGAUACAUCCAUCCUAGCGGAAUUUCCAGAAUCAAAUGUCAAGUUGCUUAAAGCCACGGUAAGAGAGAACUGAAGAAAAAAAA